UCCCCCUCGCAAACAUGAAGCGAUUUGCGUUGGUAUUCCUGGUGGCAGCCGCGGCAGCAGCUCCUCAGUUCAAAGACUUUAACCAGGACUUCAACAGCCAACAGUUUAUUAGCAGUGGUCAGCCUAAAGUCCGGAUACUCAGUCAGAGGUUUGAACAGGACCAAAACGGGAACUACGAAUACGGCUACGAGCAGGACAACGGACAGCGGGUGGAGGAGGUGGGUCGAGUGCAGCCGGGAUCCCAGCCAGAGACCGGCAGCAUCUCCCAGCAGGGCAGCUACGAGUUUGUCGGCGACGACGGCAACACCUACAAGGUCAGCUACGUGGCCGACGAGAACGGCUUCCAGCCUCAGGGCGCCCACCUGCCGCAGCCUCCAGCUCAGAUCCCCGAGUACGAGCAGCUGAGGCGGGACUACCCGCAGCUGUUCUGGGCCGAGAACGGAGGAGCCGGCAUCAUUCUCAACAACCAACAGCAGUUCAACCAGCAGCAGUUUAACCAGCAACAGUUUGACCAGCAGCAAUUUAACCAGCAGCAGUUUGAUCAGCAGCAGUUUGAUCAGCAGCAGUUUGAUCAGCAGCAGUUUGAUCAGCAGCAGUUUGACCAACAGCAGUUUAACCAGCAGCAGUUCGACCAGCAGCAGUUCGACCAGCAGCAGUUCGACCAGCCGCGGUUUGUCUAG